UACGCGACUUGUCGGGCUUGGCUUUUCUUUAGCGGGCGUAUUUCCAGAACCUGAUAAAGUACGCGCCCCAACUUGACCAAAACCCAGAUUACCACCGCAACUCCCACGAAUGGGUCUCAUUGCAUCCAUCCCAGUUCUUGGUUCCAUCACGCGCUGUAUCGUGGCUAUGCAGCAAUAUGGCGGGCGUGCGUUACAAUGCGGCGCUCGCGCUGUCUCUCCCCUCGCCCGACUUCCGUCACGAACUGCUUCCAUUCUUCCCACUUCGUCUCAUACAUGAGCCUCAUCACCAACAGCGUUGAAUUGUCUUUAUUUCAACGUUCCAAAGGGAAGCUCGAAAAGAAAGUAAACAUACCCACGAUGAUGAGAGUUUGGAAUUCUAUAAGACGAAUCACAAGCAUUAGGGCGCGCUAUGGGUACACUCAGACAGAGCACAAGCAGAUGAAGUCCUUCAUCCAGAAAACACUGUCGAGGAUGGAAAGUUGCUCUACCAAGGCAUUCGAAAAGCCAAUCGCGACAAUAGAGGUCGUUAAGGAUCUCCUAACUUUUCUCUGGCAGCACGAUGUGCAUCAAUUUGGCCACGAUCGUAUACCUGUCCAGUUGUCUUUCAUACUAUGGCGGACGUCCAGGCGAUUACGUCGAGUCCCAAUGUCAUCGGGGUAUCAAUGAGGGACUACUUUACGGAGACAUUACUUUGUCCUUGAUACCCAUAGCAUUGCCGGGGCGCGAGAGACCGGCAUGAUCUACGUUUUGCGCGUCUGCGUACGCAAUCGCAAGAAUGAACGAGAUAAUGACUCGAAUAAGUCUGUACUCACCGCUGGCAGAAAU